GUCGUGCCGUUUGCUAUACACGUCCUCCGUCCGUCGUGCGCUCGUUUGCCGAGGUCGAUCGUGCACAUUUUCCCCUAAUAGAAAUUAUUAAUUAUUAAAAAAAUUAAAAAAAAAAUUCCCAUUAACCCGACAUAUAAGGUCCGUCCGUCGUUCUGGGCACACCCCGCCGCCGCCCUGUAUUCACCAGCAUCGCGAACACAUCGUCUUAGAUAAUAUUAUAAUGUUGAUGAUGAACGAUUUGGGUUCGAUGGCGGCCGGCAUGUUGCCGUUCGACCCCAUGUGCGGGGGAGGCCUGUACGAGCAGCAAGCCCCUAAACCCCCCCGUUUCGUUUUUAAAAUGCCCAGGGUGGUGCCCGACCAGAGGAACAAAUUCGAAACGGACGAACUGUUCAGGCGCCUGAGUCGCGAGAGUGACAUACGGUACACCGGCUAUAGGGACAGACCGCACGAGGAACGCCAGAGUAGAUUCCAAAUCGGAUGUCGCGAAGGUCACGCGGAUAUUGCCUUCACGUCCACCGGAACCAAUUUGCAAUUGACGUUUGCCCCGCACAUGCCUAUCGCGUCUUACCAUCAGCCCACAAACGGUGUUUGUGAUUUCGAAAAAGAACGAGGAGCGGUUCACAUACUGUCACACUUCAUAAUGAACGGCGUGUGCGUGCGGUGGAAAGGAAGGAUCGAUUUGAACAAAUUGGACGGCACUGGCUGUUUGGAGCUCGACGAAGAACGGGCCACGAUCGAGCACAGGAUGUUACAGGAACAAAUCGAAAGAUACAACGACCGCAUCAGAGACUACCAAGACAAACCUCGUGCGUUUAGAAACCAAGACCGCGUUACCGAAGCCGACAUGGAGAACAACAGAAGAUUAAACUAUUAGACGUGCGGUUUUUUUUUUUUUUUAAUUAGUUUUUAAUUUUGUUACUACUUUAAACUUUAUUAUUAAAUUAUUAAACUAUAUGAUAGUAUACCUACUAACAACCUAUUCGUAAUAUUUACUUGUGGAUAAAUUGUUGUGUGUGUGCACGUUCCAAUCAAAUAUUUAAAUCACUACCUAUGUACCUAUUAUAGUACCCUUCGCUAAAAAAUAAAAAUAUAUUAUAUUACCCAUAUAUUAAUAUAUUGCAUAAUAUUUGUAUUAAAAUCAAUAUUUGUGUGUGUGUGUGUAAAUAAUAAUAAUUAUAUGCAACGAAACGAGCGGUGCAGCCGAAGUAGAUAGUGCUUAAAUGUUAUGGAUAAAACUUACCAGUGUGAUUCAAUUACUAAUAUUAUUAUAAUUAUUAUAUGCAUAAAAAAAUAUAUCUAUAUAAUUUUAAGUACCUACCGAUUUGUUUUAACUUAGAAAUCUCUUUGUCGAUAAAUAUA